AUGUUUUCUUUCUUUUUCAUUCCAGAGCCAAUUGCUCAAAAUCGCAAAACUGUGGUCUGUCCAUUUAUUGAUGUAAUUGAUUAUGAGACAUUUUCUUAUCGAGCACAAGAUGAAGGUGCUCGUGGUGCCUUUGACUGGGAAUUAUUCUACAAGAGGCUACCUCUUCUGCCAAAUGACUUAUUACAUCCAGCCGAACCUUUCAAGAGCCCAGUUAUGGCAGGUGGUUUGUUUGCCAUUGAUCGAGAUUGGUUCUGGGACCUUGGAGGAUAUGACCCAGGAUUGGACAUCUGGGGAGGAGAGCAAUAUGAAUUAUCAUUUAAGAUUUGGCAAUGUGGUGGUGAAAUGGUUGAUGCUCCUUGUUCAAGAGUUGGCCAUGUUUACAGGAAAUUUGCUCCUUUUCCAAAUCCUGGGGUUGGAGAUUUUGUUGGGCGAAAUUAUCGCAGAGUUGCAGAAGUAUGGAUGGAUGAAUAUAAAGAAUACAUAUAUCUUCGGCGGCCGCACUACAGAGAUAUCAACCCAGGUGAUAUAAGUGCACAGCUGGAUAUAAGAAAACGGUUAAAUUGCAAACCUUUCAGCUGGUUCAUGAAAGAAGUGGCAUUUGAUAUACCAAAGUUUUAUCCACCUGUAGAACCACCAAAUGUCGCUGAUGGAGAGAUUCGCAACAAAGCUAGCAAUUUAUGUCUUGAUACUCGGUUCCGAGGACCUAACGAACGGUUCCAGUUGGAGUCUUGCAUUAAAGAUGGUCAAGGACAGGGAGAACAGAAAUUUGAAAUGACGUGGCACAAAGAUAUUCGUCCUUGGAAGCGCAGCGUCUGCUUUGAUGUAUCCCAGACAAUAAUGAAAGCUCCCGUUAUUCUCUAUACAUGUCACGGAAUGCAAGGCAAUCAACGAUGGAAAUAUAAUAUUGAAACACGACAGCUGUAUCAUCCCAUAAGCCAACAGUGCCUGGACUGCGAUACUGGAAGCCAAGAAGUCUUUAUGAACCCAUGUAAUAAGAACUUGAAAACACAACAAUGGCAUUUUGAACAUACAAAUGCAACAGCACUCCAGAUUGAAUGGAAAGCAGCCUAAAUAAAGAAUAAAAUAGAAUAUAAAUCUAUAACAAGUACAACAACAAUACUAAAAACUGAAAAAAAAACUCAUAUAAAGAAAAAAACAAACCAAGAA